UCCUGUUCUAGAUUUUAUCAGGGUUUUAAUUCGUUUGCGUUUUAGCUCGUGUUAAUUAGAGUUUCUCUUGCGAGGUCAAUUUAGGGUUUCAAUUGGUAGGUAAUUGCAUUCUUGCUGCUCGAUUGUUGCGAAAUUAGGGUAGUUUAUUCCAAUCAGUUAGGGUUUUGACAAGCAAUUCGUGCAAUUUUUGAAUAUUUAAUCUUUAAUCGAAACAAUGCCUCCACGAACUGUGAAAAGGGGUGCUGCGGCAGCGGGCCCGAAGAGGACGGUGAGAGCUUCGAGAGGGGCAGCCAAGGGACAGAAUCAGCAACCAGAAGUUGCCGAAGAGACAUCAAAGGCGGAGGAGAGGCCAACCAUUGAUAAAAAGCCUGUCGUGGGCGAUAAGCAUCUUGAUGAAAAUAAUUCAAUUACCGAAGGAAAGCUGGGUAUCGAAGGAGAAUUUGGAACCAAAUCGGACGCCAAUGGCUCGGCUUCUUUGAAAAAAGGGGAUGAGGUUAAGGAAUCUGUAGAUGAAUAUGAAAAAGAUGAGCGAUUGGAGCUUGAUGACAAUGAACCUGAAUAUGAAGUGGAAGAAUAUGGUGGGGUGGACUAUGAUGACAAAGAAAUUGAGCAAGAGGAUGUUCAGGAGGUGGAGGUGGGAGUUGAAGUGGAGGAAGAACACGAGGAACAUGUAGGUGAAGAGGAAGAGGGUGAUCUGGUGGAGGAGGAAUUGGAAGAUGUUGCUGAAGAACUCGAGGGUGAAGAGGAUGAUGAGCAUGCUGGUGAGGAGGUAGAUCAUGCUGAGAUGGUUGAUGCUGAGGAAGAGGACCACCAUGAGGUUUUUAAGGAGAGACGUAAGCGAAAAGAGUUUGAAGUAUUUGUUGGAGGUUUAGACAAGGACGCUACAGAGGAUGACCUUCGGAAAGUGUUCAGCCGAGUUGGUGAUGUUACUGAAGUGAGGUUGAUGAUGAAUCCUCAGACCAAGAAAAACAAAGGCUUUGCAUUCUUGCGUUUUGCAACUGUAGAACAGGCAAAAAGAGCUGUGACAGAGCUCAAAAAUCCAGUGAUUAAUGGGAAACAAUGCGGUGUUACUCCAAGUCAGGACAGUGACACUCUUUUCUUGGGUAACAUUUGCAAGACAUGGACAAAGGAAGCUUUGAAAGAAAAGUUAAAACAUUACGGAGUCGAUAAUGUUGAGGAUUUGACACUGGUAGAGGAUAGUAACAACGAGGGAAUGAAUCGGGGGUUUGCCUUUUUGGAAUUUUCAUCUCGUUCUGAUGCCAUGGAUGCCUUUAAGCGUCUUCAAAAGAGGGAUGUUUUAUUUGGGGUUGAUAGGCCUGCAAAGGUUUCAUUUGCAGAUUCCUUCAUUGAUCCUGGUGAUGAGAUCAUGGUGCAGGUGAAGACUAUAUUUAUUGAUGGUCUAUCUGCCUCGUGGGAUGAGGAUCGUGUUAGGGAGCUUUUAAAGAAAUAUGGGGAGAUUGAAAAGAUUGAGCUUGCCCGGAAUAUGCCAUCUGCCAAGAGAAAGGACUUUGGUUUUGUUACGUUUGAUUCUCAUGAUGCUGCAGUGACGUGUGCUAAAAGCAUUAAUAAUGCUGAGUUGGGUGAGGGAGACAACAAGGCUAAAGUUAGGGCCCGAUUAUCUAGACCACUUCAAAGAGGAAAAGGGAAACAUGGAAGUCGUGCAGAUUUCCGAGCUUGGUAUGGGGGUAGAGUUGCUAGAGGUCCAUGGGUUCGUCCAACAAGAGGAAUUGGUGCUCGUGCUGGACCAGCCAGUAUAAAGCGGCCUGUAGGAUUUAGAGAUAGGCGUCCGCCUGUGAUGUCAAUGCCAGCAAGAGGCAGGCCCUUGCCGCCUCCUCCCAGGUCCUAUGAUAGAAGAGCACCUGCUCCAUCUUACCCAAAGGGUGCUGUAAAGAGGGACUACGGUCGUCGUGAUGAGCUUCCUCCUCCAAGGAGCAGAGGUCCUUCAGAUUAUGUUUCCAGGGCUGUGCCGGAGAGAAGGCCAUCCUCCUAUCGUGACGAGUACGCUUCACGUGGCUCUGGCUAUUCAGAUAUUCCAAGAGGCACAUCUCAUACUUCAGCAAGGAGAGCAUAUGCAGAUGAUAGCUACAGUCAAAGGUUUGAGAGGCAUCCUCCAAGUUACCGUGAAGGGCGUGCACGUGAUUAUGACACUGUUUCUGGGUCAAAACGUCCAUAUUCUGCGCUGGAUGAUGCUCCUCCACGUUAUGCUGAUGCUGGUGCUCGCCAUUCAAGGGCUCGGUUGGACUAUGAACUCGGCCCUAGUGCUUCUCAGUAUGGAGAUGCAUAUGGUGACAGUAGAAUUGGCAGAUCCAGUGUAGGAUAUGGGGGCAGCAGAAGUUCGAUCUCCAGUCAGGAUUCGCAUGGGCUAUAUAGCAGCAGCCGUCAGGGUAUGGGUUAUGGAGGUUCAUAUGGUGGCAAUGAUGUUGGUGGAAUGUACCCCCAGUCAAGCUAUAGCGGUGAUUACAUGCCUCGUGGCAGUGAUGUUGGUGGUAGGUCUUACUCAUCAAUGUACUCCAGCCGUGGGAUGGGCGGCAGCAAUUACAUGGGUUCUGGUGGUUCAGGAGCGUAUUAUUGACAUAUUGGCAUCUCUUUGAUUCCUAAGAGGUGUGAUUGGACAACAAAAAGGAACUUGUGGUCACGAGUUAAUUUGUCUAUGGAACAGAUUUGACAUGUCAAAGAGGCUGCUGUGGGAUGUGUGCUAUUUGGAGCUUAUGCAUUAUGAUGCUUACAUUUUGGGACAGAGCAGUUUGUCAGGUGUAAUAGCCUCUAUAUAUUGUGGAAUGUUGAGCUUAAAGUUCUGUCACAAAGAAAAGGCUGCUUUGGUUCAAAACUUUUUUUUAGAUAUGCAGACUGGAUAUUUGUUGAGUUCUAAGAUCAUGAUGUAAGGAAAUUUCACUCCUUUUAAGGAUAAAAAACAAGAACUGCUUAGUAUGUUAUGUAUGAAAUUGAUCUUUUGUUCUCACUUUAAGUUCUCCAAUCGAUGGAAUUGGAAAAUCAAUGCUUUUUGAGAUACUGAGGCAUUUUCUGUGAAUGUUAAGGAUUCUGGAUUCUUGUUGUGCUAAAUUCAUUGGAUAAGCGUAAGACUUGGAAGGUAGUUUUUGUUCUGGUUGGAGCUUGCACUCUUUGUAGUUCCGCAGCCUUGCAUUCAUGUGAAAAGGAGUUUAACAGCAAGUUUCUGAAGAUCAUGGGAAACUGAUGCUCACGUUUUUUGUAAUUCCAAUGUAGUCUCUUUGACCUGUGAAAAUCCUGGAGCCUUUUUUGUAGAGCAUAUUGGAUCUAAUGGGUGUCCCCAUACUGGAAGUUCAUGAUGAUAUUUAUGGCUCAUUAAGUAUUCUGUUAUUUCAAAGCAACGUGUAUCAUUUCAUAUUUUGGGAAUCUCAAUGCUGAUAUUUUUUUUUAGGUCAUUAGGUGUGUUUUGCAUUUAAGUGCAAGAGCUGAUAUCUGAAAUAGCUGGUUUUGUCAUCUUGCAUAUAGUUAUAAUUGUCUAAGUGGGAAUAUGUUACAUGGAGUUCAAUGAUAAAAGUGAAGCCAGUUGCAAAAGCAUGGCAUUUGCCUUGCUAAGGACACUUGCCAUUUUAUUUUGGUAAUGGCAUUAGUGGAUUCAGGCUUGUUUGCGGCUCAAACUGUUUGAUUUGUAUGAGGAAAUCAUAUUAUCUCGGUGCUUUCAGUGAGGUUGCGAAAGGUGUGGAAGUAAUCAUUUUACAUGGAUCUUCUUUUGUAUAAACUUGGAAUUAUUCUUUGGUUUCAGUCAAUGUUAGAGAUCAUUGGUAUGCUGUACGCUGUUAUCAUGGCUGAAAAGGUUCCAUCCAUCUGAAAUAUUAGAUAAUUAGUAAUUGAGUUGUUGCAUUGUGACUCUGGAGAUCCUAAACAUACUCGACUGGAAACCGUAUUCGAAAUUGCAUUUUAUAUUAGCAAGUUUGAUUGACCAAAUACCUAAUUAAUGGUUCAUAAGAGUUAUUUGUUGAAAAUUUCAAGCACCAUAAGUUGUAAUUAUAAUAAUUUGACUUGGAACUUGGUUUUCUACAGUUUUGCUUAAUGCAUAUUUUUGACGGUUCAGUGUUGAGUAUGA